AUGGCCGAGCUUAGUUCAAAAAGACUUUUUGGUGACGAAAGCCCGUUACGGCUCCCAUCCCUUACUUUAGACCGAGCCUUUCUCACUGAGCUUGGAAAACAAAGUAAAGAUAGCAACAAUCAAGAUAAAAUCAGCGAAUAUUAUUCAGCAAUCAAAUCCCAGAUCUCCACAUUAGAUACUCAUAUAGAUGGCGUUCUUCAGCGUCACGAGCAGGAUUUUUUAAACGCUUUUAAGUGCCAAAUGUAUAUAUUAUUUUCCCAAAAAUUUUAUAUAAACAAUUCUUGCAUAUUUUUAUAGGCCAAUUCUAGUAAAAUCCAUAUAAUUUGUAUGCCCAGCUCAAAGAGUUGAAGAAAAAAACUGACGAAAAUGAGCUUAAGAUUAAGAGAGAUGAACAAAUAAAUAGGCUACAAAAAUCAAUGGAAUGAUUCAGAGAAGAAGCGGUUAAGCUUGGGGAAAGCGCACAAUUUUAUAAAAAAGAAGCUGAUAAAUGGAAAGCAAAGGCAGAAAGUUUAGAAGAUGAUAGGAAAUUCUUGGAGACUCAGCUGAAAACAGCGAAGAGAAAGAUAAAGCUGCUGCAAGGAGAAUCAAUAAUAAAAGAUGAAAUUGAAGAGCCUCAGGAGUCAUUUAUUACACAAAAAGAGCCUAUACAUAAUGAAUCAGUAGCGAGUAUUAAAAAUUAUUCUCCAGUUUCAAAGUAUGGGAUUGUAGUUUUAGAUUUACUGCAAAAAUAUUCGAUUAAGGAUGGGUCUUUUUAUGUAGAAAUUGAAAAUUAUUUGUUGAACCAGGAAAAACAAUACAAUGAAGCUAUAAAGCAUUAUCCUCAUUAUUACGAAUAGAUCUUGCAUAGAUUUUAUUUUUUUUAAUUUUCUAUAGAAUUAGCUGAUAUGCUGAUAUAAUCCCUAAUUUAAAUUAUUAUAAAAAAUAUAUAAAAAUACAUUAGAUAAUAAGAAAAAGAAAAUUCAAAAUAUCACAGCCCAACAAACCUCAGUAUUUUUAGAAAAAAGUGAGUCAGAAAGCUUAUUCUUAGAAUGUGUAGAAGAAGUCAGAAAAGAAGUUUUAAGGAGACGAGCAAAAACACUUCUUAAUCAAAAAUUUGGCAAAAAAUCAAAAUUUACUGAAAGAGAUACAAAAGAUCAUUUUACCCCUGGAGAUAAGCGAAAAAUAUUAGAACUUCUUAUAUCUAAUGAGCAGGUUUUAAUUAUGCUUUAUGAGAAGCUAUUUCCAUACCGAGCAAGCCAAUUUGCAACAAUUCCGAAAAAUGAGGAUGAGGAGCAUACUGAUGAAAAAUUGAUUAAUUUAGAUGAAAUGCUUCAACAGAUUCCUUUUAAGCCUCCAGAAGAGAAGCCAAAUGAAAGUUUUCAGCAUAAAGGCAGAAAUCUGCUAACCAGUUAA